CCGCAGGGCUGGAGGUGUUUCACUGCGUUUCCUGUGUGAAUAAUCAGCUCUGCGAUGACCAGCUGAAGUGCUAAUUGACCAGAGCUGGCUGGUUGAACAUAACCUAGAGCAGAGCGUGAAGGUGAGUCUGUGGAGAACAGGCAGCUGAGUUUCACCUGGCCUGGGUCGGAGGAAAAUCUUGCGAAGACGAUGAAGCUGAGAGCGCUCUUCCUGAUUCCAGUGUUGAUAUUCGACCACACGGUCGCCGUGUCCGCGGUCCCAGAUGAUGAAUGCAACGACGAGUUUCCUGCACGCGAGAACUGCGAGUUCGAUGAAGUGUGUGAGGACGCCUUCUGCAAACACAACGAGUAUGUCACCUGUCACAUGAACAGGUGUGGGACUUGUGAGGCUGUCUUUCGUGGCUACGACAAUCUCACUGUCAGCUGCAACCAAUUGACGCCCAAGUGCCGCCUGAUGCACCUGGAGAUGCUGAACAAGAGGCGGACCGGGACCAUCCUGCCAGGGGGCCGGCUGGACAUCGAGUACGACCCGGAGUGUGAUGGCAGCGGCAUGUUCAAGCCCAAGCAAUGCGACGAUGACUCCAAUCUCUGCUGGUGUGUGGACAGUGCCGGCGUGCGCGUCACAGACAAGACCGGAGACGACCCCAAGUGCGACCAGCUCGUUCGGGUUCACCUCAUUGAUAUUUCAUUUACCUUCAAAGUGGAUUUUGCAACUCUGGCCAGAACAAGAGAGGCAAUAAGGCGAAAACUGGCUUUUAAACUCGUCAAAGAAUACACGCUGAAGGCAACACAGAUCCUGGAGAUAAAUAUCCAGGAACUGUCCCAAGUGGUUUCAAUCCGGCUGACAGAAAAUGGCACCAAAGAUCCAGUAGAUGUUGCCACAGUGGCUUACUACAUCGAGAGAGAUCUGAAAAACAGUAAGUUUGGCCUGGAGGUGGAUGGAAGGAGCCUGGAGGUGGAGAGGGACUCUAUCAAGGUCCUGUUCUUCGACAACGAGCCCCCUCGCAUGAACAUGAAGACCAUCUCCCCCGGCUUCGCUGCCAUCAUCAUCGUCAUCGCGCUGGCGGUCCUCACAGGAAUCGCCGUCUUUGUUGUGGUAAGAAGACGAGCCGAACAGGAGAAAAAGCGAUUCCAGUUCGAAGUGAUUGAGGGGCAGGGGAUGGAUGACUAUCAUCUGGCUCAGCGAGACACAAUGGCCUACUUUGUCAUGUAAAAUCUGGAAGUGUAUGUACAUAAGUAUUUUAUUUAAUGUACUAAAAGUAUAAAUGUAAAGAUACCAAUUACUUUUCUUGUUUGCUAUGCAAUGUUUUUUUUCCUUUGCAAAAAACUAAAUUUGAUUUAUUUUUGUUAAAAGAGGAUAUAGGUACACUAAAAUACUUUACCAAUUUCCCCCAAUUUUUAUUAAUUUAAAAAGUAAACAUGAAAACAAAGCUGUCAGUUCCAACUUGGGCAGUCACAACAAAUAAUUGGUGAAGAACGUGCUAACCCACAGCUUUGAUUUGGGGAGAUUCUCAGACUAUCAUACAGAUGCUGCAUCCUCUCAUCAAAUGUUUUUUUGUAUGCUGAAAGCCAUUGUAUAUUUUGCAUGUUAUUAGUUUUUUAAUACUGGAAUAUUAAUGUCCUAAAUAUUUUAAUUUGAAACCAUUUGCCAUAUUGGAAUAUAUGCAUAUAUACCUGUAAAUCUUUUAAAACUUUUUUGGUUUAAUUAAGUAAUCUUUUUUUUUCAAACUAGUCUUUGGUAUAGUAUGUAAUAGGGCUUACAGGUGACAUCAAGCUCCUUGUUUAUCAAUAAACCUUUAACUGGGUCGGACCAGUCUUUUCAA